AUGUCGGAAAUAUUAUUAAAUAAACGUAAACGAAAUGAUGAAUCAAGUCAUUACGAUGAAGAAAAGGAGAAAUGCUCUUUGUGUAAUAGUAUGUUUAGCAAUAUUGGCAAUAGGAAUAAACAUAUGCAAAAAGCCCACGGUGUGGACAAUAGAAGUAGUGUACGUUUGAGGGUAGUUGGAAACAAAACCUAUUAUGUUUGUCACAGAUCAGGAUCUUCUCGAACAACAGGCACAGGAAAGAGAAUGAAAUGGUCACAAAGUCACAAUACUGGUAAGAUUUGUCCUGCUGGAAUGACAACAACUAAUAUUGAUGGGUACAUAUCAGUAGAAUUUAGAAGAACACAUGUUGGCCAUGCAUUAAAUAUGAAAUUUUUACAUCUGUCAAAAGAAGAAAGAGAUGAACUUGCUGGUAAAAUAAAAUCAGGUGUGACUUUUGAACGGAUAUUGGAUGAUAUUCGAAAAUCAGUAACUUCGACAGAAUGUGUCAACCGUUUCCAUGCUGUGGACAAACGAGAUUUAUACAAUAUUAAAAGGGAUUAUGACUUGGACAGAGACAUUGUACACACAAAUGAUGCUUUUAGUACAGAAAUAUGGGUACAAGAACAAAUGUUACUCAAAGAAAAGUCACCAGUAACAUAUUUUAAAAUGCAAGGAUGCGAGAAAGAAGGUCCACUAUUGAAAGAUGAUUUUAUGAUUGUUAUAAUGACACCUUAUCAAAUAGAUGUUUUGUCAAAAUAUGCAACUGAUAGAAUUUGCGUUGACAGCACCCAUGGAACUACCAGCCAUGACUUUCAGCUCACAACAUUACUCGUAGUUGAUGAAUUUGGAGCUGGUUGCCCGGUUGCGUUCUGUAUAAGUAAUAGAAUUGAUUCAGUAGCUAUGUCUAGAUUUUUUUUGUCUGUAAAAGAAAAAGUAGGUUUCAUUUCAACUAAAAUUCUUAUGUCAGACGAUACUACAACAUACAUUAAUGCCUGGUCUAAUAUAAUGUCAAACCCGCAACAUCACUUACUUUGCAACUGGCAUGUAGACAGAAGUUGGAGAAAAAAUCUGAUUAAAAUUAAAUCUCUUACUAAGCAGUCAGAAGUGUAUAAAGCUUGUCGUACAUUGAUGGAAAUUAUGGAUAUUGAUCAGUUUGAGAAUUCCUUAGAAUGCUUUCUUGCAAUGUGUGAAGAUGAUGUCGAAACAAAAGAUUUUGGGAUUUACUUUAAAACUUAUUAUUCCCAACGACCCAAAGCAUGGGCAUUUUGUUAUAGACUUGAUCUAUCUUUAAAUACAAACAUGUACCUGGAAGCAAUGCACAAGAAAUUAAAAUAUUGUUAUAUGCACGGUAAACAAAAUAGAAGAGUUGACAAGUGCAUUAGUUUACUUAUGCGUUUUUCUAGGGAUAUGAUGUUUGAAAGGAUUAUACGAAUGAUGAAAAACAAACCUACUUUUCGAAUGGAACAAAUAGCACACAGUCAUCUCCGAAGUAUUAAUAUUGAAAGCAAAAAUUGCAUGGGAUGUCCUUUGGCAUGUCCUAGUUGUCAUAUUUGUGUCCAUAAAUUUACAUGCACAUGUGUAGAUUAUAAGAUCAAAGGAAACUUUUGUAAACAUGUGCAUGCCUGCAUAAGAGUAUCUGAGAAAAAAGAUAUUGCAAUAAAUAUUGAUGAAGAUAGAGCAACGUCAGCCUUUGAAGAGCACAGCAAUCAUGUUGUCCAAGGAUCUCAAAUAACAUCAAUAGAUCAAAAAGAAUCGGUUUCCAUUUCGACUCGCUUUACAGCUUUAAUUAAUGCAACAAUAGAAAUCGCCAGCACUGCAACAGAUGAAGCAAAAUUAAAAGGUAUUAAAAAGUUAGAUGAAUUAAUGAAGAUCUUACAACAUGGCCAGAUUGAUUCUACAAGUUCCUCUGGCCCUCAUUUUUCAAAUUUAACUUACUUGCCCAGCCACAAAAAUAUUGAUCAACAACGUUUCCACUCUACAAAAAAGAAACAAACGUCAAAUAGCAGGCUAACAAAACCAACUGAAAUGCAUAAAAUAUCAAUUAUGAGUACAAUGAAUAGUGAAGGGCAAGCAAACGAAGUUAUACAUACCGACUUUGAUCAUGUUUAUUAUAAUGCCUCUUCGAAACCACAAUAA